AUGACCAGUAACUUGGAUCUGGCGGAUCAAAGAGAUUUUGAAAAUUCGCGAAAGGGCUUUAUCGCCACGCUUGAGCAGUCAAAAAUUCUGCGUUCCAAUGGACAGUCAGCGUUUGAUUUAGGCGCGUAUGAAUUUGUCCAGGGUGAUGCACCGGCAACGGUCAAUCCCAGCCUCUGGCGCCAGAGUAAGCUGCUGGCAAAACACGGUUUGUUUGAAGUCACAUCCGGUAUUUAUCAGGUGCGCGGAUUUGAUCUUUCCAACAUCACCUUUAUCCGAGGGGACACCGGCUGGAUCGUUGUGGAUCCACUGGUGUCGGCAGAAACAGCGAUGGCCGCGAAGACCUUGGUUGACCAGGAGCUAGGAAAAUGGCCAGUCAGCGCGUUGAUUAUUACCCACUCCCAUGCAGAUCAUUUCGGCGGCAUACGGGGCAUCGUGAGUGAGACCCAAGUGGCAAAUGGCCUGGAUAUCAUUGCGCCUGCAGGAUUUUUGUAUGAAUCCAUCAACGAAAAUAUUUUAGCUGGCAACGCCAUGUCACGGCGUGUGAGCUAUAUGUUCGGCGGAUUGCUCCCCAAAGAUGCGAAACACCAGGUGGGUGUGGGUCUAGGCCAGGGAGUAUCCAGUGGCUCACUGGGAUUGAUAGCGCCAACUGUUGAAAUCAAAAAUGGCGAACGACGGAUUGUUGAUGGCGUUGAGAUUGAGUUCAUUUUGGCCCUGGAGUCUGAGGCGACUUCAGAAUUCAUGUUCUACCUGCCGAAAUUUAAGGCCUUCUGCCAGGCCGAAGUGAUCAAUCAUACCUUUCAUAAUAUGUACACGCCCAGAGGGGCGAAGGUGCGCGAUGGGCGGCUGUGGAGCAGUUACAUUGAUGAGGCAAUCUAUACUUACGGGGAUAAGACAGAGGUUUCUUUUGGGUCCCAUCACUGGCCAGUGUGGGGCAGGCGGGACGUAUUAGAUCUAUGGACCGGGCAACGGGAUCUGUACCGCUACGUUCAUGACCAAACGCUGCGACUGGCAAAUCAAGGCCAUACGCUGCACGAGAUACCUGACCUUAUAAAAUUGCCAGAUGGUAUCGCCAACAAUUUCGCCAACCGCAGUUACUACGGCACGGUCAGUCACAAUGCAAAGUCUCAGUACCAAUUGUAUUUUGGUUACUUCGAUGGCAAUCCUGCAAACCUUGAUCCGCUUCCGCCGAUAGAACAUGCGGCAAAAUUCGUCGAAUAUGCUGGCGGGCCAGUUGCGCUACAGCAAAAGGCGCAGGCAGAUUUUGACGCCGGUGAGUUUCGGUUUGCCGCAACGGCGUUAAAUCACCUGGUCUUUGCGCAGCCUGAGAACAGGGAUGCACGUGAACUAUUGGCGCAAACAUAUACGCAGCUGGCUUAUAUAUUGCGGAAUCAGGGUCCUGGCGCAAUUUCUACUUGA